AUGAGCGACGAUGAUGAGCCACUUAAUUUUUCGGCUUCUACCAAGAAAGGGGGAGCCCUCACAAUGUCCGAGGACAAGCUGAACGGUUUCCGCUCGUUGUUCUCCAACCCGAUGCUCCUUGGAAACCCAUUGUUUAGCAGCGCUCCCUAUUUCCACCCCAAUAUGGCUGCCGCCUUGGCAAUGACGAUGCAACAACAAAACAGGUUUAACAGCAGCAGCCCUCCCGAAUUUGAUGGUACCACUGUAUCCGUUUCUUCAUUUCCUGCAUCGACUAUUCGCGAAUCAUCUCCCUCCGAUUGUUCGCCAACACUUUCGUGCGCUGUCUGCGGUGAUAAGGGGAUGAAUAAGGAUGCAGUCCAAAACGAAAGACAACCCAGGAACACAGCAACAAUUCGGCCUAGCAAUGAUUUGGAUUUUAACUCCAGGAAUUUCCUACGUGAAUAUGCCGGUGCUGUAUCAGCAGUUUUAUCACAACCCGACUCCACCUCGAUUUUUGUCAAUCAUGGGAUAUGUCAAGACGCGCUCAACGACGAUAAACCGCUGAUCCUAACUUUUGAACAACGUUUCCGGCUUGUUGUUGAUUGGAUAAUUUCUUUGAAGCCGUACGAAGUUUUGGGACGUGAUGCUAAGGAACAACUUGUACAUGCCAAUUGGCCAUAUCUACUUCUGAUUUCCCAGCUUGAAACCGGUACCCUUGCCGAUGAUAACAGCGAAGCCCUCCUCUUACUCGAACUCCUCAAAAACAUUUCGCCGACAAAAAUGGAAUGGUGUCGAUUGCGCGAAAUUGCCGUGUACUCGCCAAAAACCGGUCUGCAACAACCUACAUUCCUCGAUGCCGCUCUAGAAUCCUUACACAAAGAAAUUUUCCAAUCCGGUGGAAACUCAGCCAGAUUUGGCCGAUUAAUCUUCCUCAUCUCAAAAGUCUGCUCUUUCGAACUCCCAAUCGUCACCGAUCUUAUCAACCUACCCAAUGAUUUCAACCCAGAUGCCGCCAUUCAAGAACUCCUAACCGAUUCG